GAAGCAGACGUAGGAACCAGCGCGCUGUGGGGAAAGAAGUGGAUGCGUCGGGGACUGUGAGGGAAAGGAAAGAGACGAUAGAGGGUUUUUUUUCAACAUAAAUGGAGGUUCAUCCGUAACGGGAGAGAAGAGCAGCUACAAAAAAAUAUAUAUAAGCAAAAUGGCGAAAGACCACGAGGUCGAACGCAUUGCUAAAAAGCUGGACAAAAUGGUGCACAAAAAAAACACGGACGGUGCCAUAUAUCUGCUGAGGGAGCUAAAGAUCAUUAACAUGUCUCUGGAGACUCUACAGUCCACCAGGAUCGGUAUGUCAGUGAACGCUGUGAGGAAGCAGAGUUCAGAGGAAGAGGUCCAGACCCUGGCCAAGUCACUCAUCAAGUCCUGGAAGAAACUAUUGGACGGUGCUGAGGGGAAAGCUGUGGAGGAGAAGAGGAGGGAGGGCUCUCCUCUGAGGUCAUCUUCGUCCAAGGACAGUCCUGGAUCCAGCGACCGGAGUAAGAAACAAGAACUGCCGGAGCCCCCGAAGACUCCCACCACACCUACGACCCCCACCACACUAAAGUUCACCUCCUUCCCUCCCACUCCCGUCACCACUGACAGCGUACGCACGAAGUGCCGAGAGCUGCUGGUGGCUGCCCUGCAGACCGACGAUGACUACAAGCCCAUUGGAGCAGACACUGAGAACUUGGCUGCUCAGAUUGAGGACUGUAUCUACCAGGAGUUUAGGUCUACAGACCAGAAGUACAAGUCCAGACUGAGGAGCCGUAUCUCCAACCUGAAGGACCCGAAGAACCCAGACCUCCGGCGCAAUGUCCUCGCUGGGAACAUCUCAGCUGACCGCAUCGCUAACAUGGCCGCUGAGGAGAUGGCGAGCGCGGAGCUGAAAGAGAUGAGGAAGACUUUGACCAAGGACGCCAUCAGAGAGCACCAGCUGUCUAAAGUGGGCGGGACCGAGACGGACAUGUUUCAAUGUGGCAAAUGCAGGGGCAAGAACUGCACCUACACACAGGUGCAGACGCGCAGUGCUGAUGAACCCAUGACCACCUUCGUACUGUGCAACGGCUGUGGCAACCGCUGGAAGUUCUGUUGAGGAGAAGAUGAUGAUUGGCUACAAGAUGAGCUGACACGGAUAAAGAAGAACCGGGACCUAUUUUGUUACAACUGCAAAUCUGUUUUUUUUCUUUCUUCCUUUUGUUGUUUUUAUUUUGUUUUGAUACCUCAUAAAUCUGGAAUAUAUUUUGAGAAAAUGUUUGACGUGUAUUAGUAUUUUAAUGAUAUUCUAUGAUAUGGAGCCUGUCUAGUAUUUUAAUUUCUAUGAUAUGGAGCUAGUCUAGUAUUUUAAUUUCUAUGAUAUGGAGCUAGUCUAGGAUUUUAAUUUCUAUGAUAUGGAGCUAGUCUAGUAUUUUAAUUUCUAUGAUAUGGAGCUAGUCUAGUAUUUUAAUUUCUAUGAUAUGGAGCUAGUCUAGUAUUUUAAUUUCUAUGAUAUGGAGCCUGUCUAGUAUUUUAAUUUCUAUGAUAUGGAGCUAGUCUAGUAUUUUAAUUUCUAUGAUAUGAAGCUAGUCUAGGAUUUUAAUUUCUAUGAUAUGGAGCUAGUCUAGUAUUUUAAUUUCUAUGAUAUGGAGCUAGUCUAGUAUUUUAAUUUCUGUGAUAUGGAGCUAGCCUGGGUACCUUUUCUGUUUCUGCUCUCUUACCACAACCUCUUAUUGAAUGUCAACGAGUUGACAAGAGCACUGACCGAUCUCAGAAACCGAUCACGGAAACCGAUCUCGGAAACCGAUCUCGGUACCAGGCUGAAGUUAAGCACUUACUCUUAAAGACAAGGUUUUGGUUUGAUGUUUAUUAGUUUAAGCUAUAUCUUACAACAACAACAAAAAAAAAGCUUUUGUUUUUGGCAUUAGGGAACAUAGUGGUGCCUUUCUUUGCCUCUCUGUGCCACAAAUGAUUAUUUUGCUAUUCGUUUUAUACACUUGCUGUAGAUAGAGUAUAUGCACUCUUGACGUGUGUAUCCCAAAUGGCACCCUAUUCACUAUAUAGGGCACUAAAAGUAGUGCACUACAAAGGGGAUAGGGUGCCAUUUGGGAUACACACCUGCUGUAUAUAGAGUCAUUCUGAAUCUACUGUCUUACAAACACGCUGCACGGGUUCUUAAAGACUUCCAUUUAGGUUUAAAUUCUUCUGUUAAAAUGAACAAAUGAAUGAAACUGGAGGUUCUGCUAGAAGAUGUAGAGUUACAGAGGAGUGGAAUGAGAAAAGGGAGGAGACGGGACAGUUGUCAGUUUCUCCUCUUGUCCUUCUCUGAUCGUACGCUAGUGAAGGGUUAGCGGGGACUGGAGAAGUAGCCUGAUCGUACGUUAGUAAAGGGUUGGCGGGGACUGGAGAAGUAGCCUGAUCGUACGUUAGUAAAGGGUUAGCGGGUACUGGAGAAGUAGCCUGAUCAUACGCUAGUAAAGGGUUAGCGGGGACUGGAGAAGUAGCCUGAUCAUACGCUAGUAAAGGGUUAGCGGGGACUGGAGAAGUAGCCUGAUCGUACGCUAGUAAAGGUUUAGCGGGUACUGGAGAAGUAGCCUGAUCGUACGCUAGUAAAGGGUUAGCGGGGACUGGAGAAGUAGCCUGAUCGUACACUAGUAAAGGGUUAGCGGGGACCGGAGAAGUAGCCUGAUCGUACGCUAGUAAAGGGUUAGCGGGUACUGGAGAAGUAGCCUGAUAUCCAAACCUACUUUCUCCGUUGUUGAAACAAUGAUAAUGAUGUUGGUUGGAUUUCAGGCUACUGGAGAAGAGGGCAUCCUGACAAAAACGGUCGACUGGUUUGAAAAGUUUUGUCAUGCAAGUGAUUUAUUUUGUAUGUAAACACUUGUCCUCCCAAUGGGAACUUGUUUUAAAUUAAAAGCAGUAGGGAGUGUGGAAAGAGA